CCGGGUCUCGCCGAAGCAGUCUCCGCUGGGCCGCGCUGCCGAGUGUUACUGUGAGUGUCAGAACUGUACGUGAGUGGGGGACGAACAUGGGGCCCCGCUAACUGCUCUCUGUACUCCAGUCGAAUUCGCCAACUAUGUCAAUGAUGUGGCGACUAGUGCUGCUGGCGGGGUGGGCUGCGGCACAGUCCAACUAUGCCGACCAGGCCAACAGUAUAGAGUUCCCCAACGAGGGGCUGCCGGACUCAACGGUGCUGGACGGCAAGGUGACCAAGCUGGAUGAUUUGGCACCUGUCAUCUUCCUCAACAGGACCAAGGCGGCUCUCAACUGUGCUGCGGGGUUCAUGCAGAUUGAGCUUAAAUUCGAUGAACCGUUCUAUGGGAUAGCAUAUGCAGACUUCGACCGUGCCAGUGCCUGCCAAGUAUCUGGUCGAGGGAACCUGACUGCUCGGCUGGACUUGCCCCUCAAGGGAUGCGGUACCAAACAGGAUCCACAACGGGUAUUCACUAACAAUAUUGUGGUGCGAUUUCAUCCUGCUUUGGAGAUGGAUGGUGAUGAAGUGAUCACUAUUGUCUGCCGUUACCCCCCGCCCGUGGCACCACCUCCAGCUGCUCUUCCGGAGGCUAUAUUAGAACCGUCUAGUCCAAUUCUGCCUCUGGCCCCUCCACUCAAGGGCUUCCAAAUUCUACUUAUCAUUUGCGGCAUUCUGUUUCUGUCCCUGGUUCUCCUUGGUCUGGGUUGUUCCUACUAUCUUCUCAAGCGCAGAAGAAUCCAAGUAGUCAGAAGACAUCCUUUCUCAACAGGAACUGGGUCAGAAAUCACCAAAUUGACUGGAUCUAGCUUAAGUAAUAUUUCAAUGUUUGAAGGGCUGAAGAUACCAAGAGCCCAUGCAGCACCAGCUUCAGGAAGCACCUCUGGUUCAGAUGCCGCUCUCAUCAGCGGUGGAGAUACUCUUCCUAGUGACUACCCCUCAGAGUCACCCAGUUCUGCCCAUUCAGAAGUUGAAGACAUUGACACAAGAAGUCUACACCGUUCAGUCAGUUCUCAUGGCUCAUACGACAACAAAGCUUUUAUCCAUCAAGAAGCUUCUAGUAUGUACUCUGAAGGCUAUGGACACCAUAGUGAAACAGAAAUUAUUACUGCGGCAUCUAUUGUUCAGAAGUCUCUGAAACCUCCUCCCCCAGAGCCUAAGUUUGAUGUACAAGUAAGAGUAAAGCGAGCACCACCACCUCCUCCAACUCCGACUCCCCCACCAUCAGAAUCUGAAGCCAGUAUGAGGAUGCAAGAAAGAAACCUGACUACAAUUUUGGAGCGAGAAGAAAUGAUCAGAUCUAUUCCAAAACCUAAUAUACAGACAUUCACAUAUGUACCAGAACUGCAUCCACCUCCUCCUCCAUUGAAAACAACACCUCCACCAAUCUAUUCCAAAGUGAUAAGAAAGCAACCUGCAAAGAUUGUUGAAGAAACCUGGACUCAAGAGGAUACUGUUGACAUGAUCAGAAGAAGACCUUCUUUGACUAGUCUCAACACAGAGAUGACUGAUACUCGAUCAAUGAGUGAAAUCGUUGAACAAACUCAUCAAAAGCGUGCUCCUCCUCCUCCUCCGAUUGCUCCUACCCAGAUGUAUACCAGUGAAAUGGAAAUGACAACCACUGAACUGCUUGAGCCUCCUGUUGUUGUAUCUCGAAGACCUGAAAUUACCUCUCACAUUGUUGAUGAUGUUUUCUUACGGACAAUUACAGAAAAACGAACUAUUGAGGACAUUGAAAGACAUAGAAGGCAGGUCACUGAAUAUCAUGCAAAACCUCAGCCACCACCACCUAAGUGGGAUGUCACAAUAAGAAACUAUCCAAACCCUGAUGCUCUACCAUCAGGAGAUGAGGGAACAACAGAUUGGGAAAGUUUCUCUGAGACCUCGUCAUUGUCUAGUUAUCCAACUCCACGGCCGGAACGCCACAUGACACAACAUUUUAGUGAAAUGGACAUUCAGCAGAAUUAUAAGAGUACAUUAGAAGUGCCCGCACCAGAUCCUUCUGUGAAAAAUUGGGAUGUAUUAAUAAGAGUCUUAGAGCCACCUCAAGAAGAAGCAAUCCAAGAUCAUCAAGACACUUAUCGGGUCGAACAAACAUUGACUCUUGAUGACCGUAGAAAGUGGAGAGAAAUAAUAACUACAGAAUCGACUUUAAGAACGCUUUUGACUGAAGCAACAAUUAAAGAGGAUUAUGAGAGAAUCAGGAAAGAUCAGCGCUAUGAGAAACUGUUUGAGCCACAAAAGUGGGAUGUCAUAAUACGUGUUCUUGCACCCCCAGAGAAACCCCAGUAUGACCAGAAAGGAGCCCCAGGAAAUAACAGAUACCGCCGUAAGGCAGAUUGGGACACUCGUAGCAGACGCAGUUCUCUACCUACUCUCUAUGAGUAUGACUCAGAUGGAGGAUCAUCCGUCCGAACCCUAACAGCUGAUGUUCAUGGCCCACCUGGUGUGGACCCUAUCUUGAGAUCCAGGCGAACAUCCAGGUCCAGCAUGAGAUCAGAUGGCAUGGAUGUUCGCUCCAUGAGUGAGGUCACAGUUGAUUUUGCUCAACGAAACAUACCAGAUAACAUGAGUGAUGCUAGCUCCUACUAUCGACCUAGAAGUUACUACGAUGAUGACGACCUUCUGAGGCCUAGACAUGGCUUAGAGGAUGAAGACGGCGUUAGUUUAGUGCGAUCAGUGAGUCAACCCUCACUUGCGAGAUCUGCAUCGGAAUUCACCGAACACUGGGGUGUACGAGGGCGCCCAUGGGACCUCAGCAGUCCAGAGCACUCUCCUCGGUCCGCUAGAAGUCAGAGAGUGGGAGGUGCCACUGUCUCUUCCUACAGUGUCCGGCAGACCAGCUACCAGCAGAGCCAAGGCUGGUUUGGCGAUGCAGACAGCGAAGCAAGUUAUAAGUAACCUUGCUCUAACUCACAGACUAAUGGUUAAUGUUACUGAUGAAUAUUUUACAUUCUUAUAGGCACAAUCAGUCAUUUUGUGAUUACGUGCCGAAGUAAUUGAAGACUAACAAGUCAUGGCGACAGAAUAAUGCAACUAACUCAUGUGCCAAAAUUGUUGUAGAUCAUUAUUGUAUAUGAACAAUUUAAAGUAGUGCUACAUAGAUUAGUAAUUUUACUUUAUAUCUAUCUCUUUCUUUUCUUUUUUCGUUAAUUGAUAAUUUUCCAAAAAUAGAUUAUGGUUUUGUAUUUUAAUAACUUUUUAAUCACAUAUGUGGCAUUACAAAAUCAAUUCCAAGUUAAUUCGUAUAGUAUUAUCAUUAAAAUAACAACAUUUUGUGUUGUAUGUUUAAAACUGAUCUAAGAAAAGAACUAUAAGGAAUUUAAAUUCCAAGAGAAUAAAACUAUUGUUUAGGUUCAACUAAAUAUAUUAAAUUAUUAUUUUCCAAAAAUGUAUAGUAUGAAAGUGUUUUCAAUAUGAGUAUGCCAUGACAAGCAUAAUUUGUGAUACACAGUUUUGAACUGUUUCAGUUGAUGUUGAUGAUUAAUAAUAAUAAUAUAAUAUGUGUUCAAGUUGUAUUAAUAAUGCCCAAGUGUACUUUUAGAAGCUAGAUCUAAUGUUAUUACUAACAUCAUAAAUGGUUAGAAUAAAACAGAUUAAGUGCUCAUUUUUCAUUAUAUUCACUCAAAACGAGUGGGACUGGAAAAUGAGCAACUCUAUAUUAUUGUGUAGGUCUCAAUCCACGGGGUUACCAUUUUGAAUAGGAAAUUAUUGUUCGUAUUUAGUAGAAUGGGUAGGUUCUGUUCUAUCAUUUAAAUUAUUUUUCUUCCAUGCUGCUUGUAUUCAGUUUCUGUCUUAAUGAUAUUUUAUCUAAUGUGUUUUAAAUUAUUACCCCUAUCCACAGUUUCCAAGACGACCUCCUAACCUCUGUUUAAGAAAUGUUUAUCAUAAUACAUAGAGAAUAUAAAUAUUAUUUUUUUUAAGUUAAAUAUUAGUGGAGAACUGCAAUAAGUACUAUAGUUUUCAGUUUUUAUGUUUGUUGACAGAAAUGUUUGACUGUUUCUAAAUUGUAAAACUUAUUUGAACUCAUCUGAAACCUGUUACAAUGUUUUUUUGUAUCAUAGUUAAUAUUGAUAAAUCAAUUGUGAUACAACUGUUGAACAAUCAAUUUGAAAAAUUUUAUUUUCCAACUUACAUUGUUAAUUUACUUUACCACUGCAAAACUAAACUAGUAUAUUAUUUUAGUAAUUUUGUCUAACUAGGUUUAAGAGUAAGUGGGUUGGGAUUAGUCAGGUAAAAGCCUACAUUAACAGUUUACAGUAAUGUACAAUAUCGUACUUUUUGCAAUCAAACAUUGAUAAGUAAUUAAUAUAUUUGUAUAAUAAAUAACCUUUUUAAGUAAAA